UCUGAAUUUCCAUACUCUUCGCCUUUUAUUUCUCUCUCUCGCCAGUAGAUUUUGGCCGCAGAUUUCACUCCUCUCUCCUUUUUCUUACUACUUUCGAUUACUUUCUUUCAUCGUUUGUAAUUGUUCUCAAUCAUUUUCAAGCUCUCGGGCUCUUGAUUCUCUUCGAGACCCUGCGUCUUGAUUGAAUACAGGAGCCGGAAGCUUUUUUGAUUGCUCGGAAUACGCACUUCAGAUUCCUGUCGUCAUUCUCUCUCUUUAAUUUCGCUCGAAUCGACCAAGAUUGGGGAGCUUUGGUUUCUGAAUGUUGCGUUCGUCCAUGUCGAUUUGAGCUGCGUAGGGACUUCUUUGUUAAUGAGAAUGAAUAGUUGUUGAGAUGGAAAGUUCGGAGGCCUAGAUUCUGCUAUAAAGGAAGUGGAGAUAUUUUGAAUUUGGAACCCAUUUUUUUUUUUUUCAAAAGAAUUGUUCUCUGGACAAACCGAUUCUUCCAUCGAAGAGGCUGAUAAAAUGACACCCGUUUGGAGCUAUGUUCUGUCCAAGUGGCAAACGUUGUCCACUUCUGAUCACGCCUCUGUGGUUUCCAUUAACUUAUUUGUAGCUCUUCUCUGUGCUUGUAUUGUGAUUGGUCAUCUUCUUGAGGAGACCCGGUGGAUGAACGAGUCGAUCACUGCCCUCUUCAUUGGUAUGUUUACCGGAGUCAUCAUUUUACUGGUCAGUGGUGGGAAAAGUUCGCAUUUAUUGCUCUUCAGCGAAGACAUAUUCUUCAUUUAUCUUCUGCCACCUAUCAUAUUCAAUGCUGGGUUUCAGGUGAAAAAGAAGCAAUUCUUUGUUAACUUCAUUACAAUUAUGCUGUUUGGAGCAAUUGGUACAUUAGUCUCUUGUUCAAUCAUCUCAUUAGGAGCUUUUCAGAUCUUUCAGAGAAUGGAUGUUGGAACACUGGAUAUUGCCGAUAUUUUAGCAAUUGGAGCUAUAUUUGCAGCUACAGAUUCUGUAUGCACAUUGCAGAUAUUAAACCAGGAUGAAACACCUCUACUUUACAGUCUAGUAUUUGGGGAGGGUGUAGUGAAUGAUGCUACAUCUGUGGUGCUUUUCAAUGCAAUUCAGAGCUUAGACCUCAGUAAAGUUGAUGCAAGAGUUGCUUUGCAUUUUAUCGGGAGCUUCUUUUAUUUGUUUUCAACGAGCACUCUACUCGGAGUGUUUGUUGGGCUGCUGAGUGCUUAUACAAUCAAAAAGUUAUAUUUUGGCAGGCACUCGACAGAUCGUGAGGUUGCUCUAAUGAUGCUCAUGGCAUACCUUUCAUAUAUGCUGGCUGAAUUAUUAGAUUUGAGUGGCAUUCUCACAGUGUUCUUUUGUGGAAUUGUAAUGUCACACUAUACAUGGCAUAAUGUGACUGAGAGUUCAAGAGUUACCACUAAGCAUGCUUUUGCUACCUUAUCCUUCAUUUCAGAGACGUUUAUCUUCGUUUAUGUUGGCAUGGAUGCCUUGGACAUUGAGAAGUGGAGCUAUGUUAGUGAUAGUCCAGGGACAUCUGUUGCUGUGAGUGCAAUAUUACUAGCUCUGGUUAUGGUUGGAAGAGCUGCUUUUGUUUUUCCAUUAUCAUUUUUAUCCAACUUAGUUAAAAAAUCGGCUUCCGAGAAAAUUACCUUCAGGCAACAAGUUAUAAUCUGGUGGGCUGGUCUCAUGAGAGGGGCUGUCUCUAUUGCUCUUGCUUAUCAUCAGUUCACUAGAGCUGGCCACACUCAACUGCGGGGGAAUGCAAUUAUGAUAACUAGCACCGUAACUGUUGUCCUUUUUAGCACGAUGGUGUUUGGGAUAUUGACCAAGCCUCUUAUAAAUUGUUUGGUACCUCACCCCAAAGACACCACCAGCUCCAGCAUGCUAUCGGAACCAGCGGCUCCAAAAUCAUUCUCGGUACCGCUACUCGGAAGUGCACAGGAUUCGGAGGUGGAUCUUGAUAGUCCCAAUAUUCCUCGUCCAAGCAGUAUCCGUGCACUCCUUGCGACUCCUACGCAUACUGUUCAUCGCUACUGGCGAAAAUUUGAUGAUGCCUUCAUGCGUCCAAUGUUCGGGGGGCGGGGUUUUGUCCCCUUUGUUCCAGGAUCGCCAACAGAAAGGGGUAGGCACUGAGAACAACCCCCUGUAGCACUACGCAAAUGUAAGAUAUGUGAAUCAAGAUGGAUAAAUUACUUCACCAUGUCAAGUUUUGGAGCAGCAGCAGACAAGGGUUGGUGGCGUAUUCACGUGUUUGCCAGGAAUGGCAUGGCGCCCGCCGAGCAGGUUGGAAUGUGUCGAUACUCUCUUGCCUACUGUUUUUUGCCCUCUUGUUUUUGGUAGAAAUCGUUAUGGUUUGGGUUUUACUUUUGGUGGUGAGUUUUUGGUUUUUUGUAAUGACAAUAAAGUGCGAAGGGCAACAUGGAGGUGGGUUAAUUUUUUUUUUUUGUAAUUUCAUUACUUAGAAGAAAAAAAAUGUGUUGUUCUCAAUUA